CCGGCUACAGUUCCCUCGUCCUCGCUCGUCCUCGCUCUUCACUCCGCCGCCCGAGCUCUUCCGGCCUGCCGCACUCAGAAUGGUGAAAUAUUACGAUAAGCUUGUGUGAUGCCAAUAAUAAAGCUAAGGAGCUAGCAAUUGCCGAUGCAAGACGGAGGCGAAAGUAUUCGGACUUGGAGAUUUUCGAGCCUGUCUCUGUUCAGAGGCCUGUACCUGGGCUGAUGAAGAUGUACCGCGCGGUCCAUGAACGGAUGAGGAUAUUGCAAUCAAUGUCUGCAAAUGGCAUAGCAUUUGGCCUGCGAGGCAUUCCGGUCACUUCCCCAUACAAUUCAGUGCAUACAUAUCACGUGAUCCAGUUUGUGGACGAGAAGACUGGCACUCUACUGCAGCUCCCUGCCCGGGAAGUGGAUGGUUAUAUAGGGGGUUGGCGCAUUUUGUUGCAACCAUAUGACAGCGACCAAGAGCCGUGGUUUGAGUUCAAGAAUUUCAAGCUCCCCAGGGAUUUGUUUGUAAAUGUGGUGCCCACAGAGUAUUUGUUCUCCUACAAAUCAUUUCAGUCAAUCAAACUUCGAAAGGGAAUUUUACGACCAAUUCUUGAUUUUCUAGUUGAUACUCGGAAUAACUAUAUGGCUCAAAACAGUAACCCACGCAAGAGAAAGCCACCGCCCACAACAGAUGAUGGCGAGAUAUAUGUAGAUACACUUAUCUUCAUUGGCGGGGAAGGGCAGCGGUAUUAUAUUCUGCAAAUGUUUACUGUGCACGGUUUGCGAAGUAUUAAACCUGUGAGUCCGACCCAAGGUAUGGACAACUUAACUCAUUCAUGGGGUAACGGUUCAGAAUACAUCCUCGAACUGUUGCUUGUAGAGCUUGAGGAAGGUAUGGGAUUGCUGGAAGAUCCACGUGACGUGGCACGUCACGGGAACAGAAGAAAACGAGCUGAGAACAAUCUGAAGAAACUGUUCAAGAAGUGUCAGGGCCUGUUUAGAUCCUUUGGUCCAAAUGGACAAAUCAACUUGGAGUACCUCUGUGGAGGUGAUAUAAUGUUACUGAAGCACCACCCCGUGAAUGUUCGUAAAAUCUUAAUGCGGUUGGCUGGCUUCACUGGAGUCUUUCCAGAGGAUGUGAAAAUUUGUGAAACAAACACAUCUGACAAAGAAGAUGUCGAAGAGAUGGCAGAAUGUACUGUCCUCGUUGAGGGCUUACGGAUAAGUCAAGAUAUCGCUGAGAGUAUCAAAGAUAUGGUUGAGGUGGCUGAAUCCUCUCAACCGAAUCGAGAUGAAGAUUCUGGGACUGAACUUAGACUUGAUGAAAAACUUGAUGAAGAUGUGUUCAGCCAGUUCAAUCAUCCUUGUUCAUUUAUUUCAACCAGCGACAGUGUGACGAGUGAACUGAAAACAUUGGUUGAUGCCUUCAGCGGUGCCUUUUCAGUUGAAGAUAUAAGCAGUGCAUUCCAUAGGGCAAAUUGCGAUGUCAACAAAGCUGGGGAUAUGUUGACUGAUCUUCAAUCUUCGAUGCCCCAGGGUAAUGAAGAUUUCUCAAGUGAUGAGACCAGUGUUCCCCUGUUUGAUGAUAAACCGUAUGAAGAUAACUUCUGCCUAAUGGAUCAACCAAGUUCAUCAACAUCAACCAGUGACUAUGGAAAAAAAGAACUGAAAACGUUGGUUGAUGCUUUCAGCUGCGCCUUUCAACUUGAAGAUAUAGCCAAGGCAUACAACUAUGCAAAUGGUGAUAUCAAUAAAGCUGCAGAUUUCUUGACUGAUCUCCUGUCUCCAAGUACCGAGGCCAAUCUUCCCCAGUUUGGUAAGGCAGCAGAAAAUCCACACCGAACAAGAGCACUAUCUUGUGUCGAGGAAGCAGUUGAAACAUCAUCUAGCGAUCUGUCCAGUCUACUGACUUCAAAAACCAGUGAUCCUCAGAAAUAUGGGCUAAAAGAAUUUGUCACCAAUGCUUUAAGCUCUGGCUUUUCACUUGAUGAGGUAGUCAAUGCAUACGGCAGAUCUCAUGGUGAUGUCAAUAAGGCUGGGGAUUUCCUGUCUGACCUCAUGAUGCCCCAGGGUAAUGAAGACAAAGAAGCUGAAAAAAGCUAUAUGGAGACUCACAUAUCACAUAACCCAAGACCACAGAUUACUCCAGGAGAGUUGCUAGAAUCAAUGUUCACUGCACCUAAAGGAUCUGCAGAAGAACCAAAAGGAAGGCGGUAUGAAUUGGGUGCAAAUCGGAGGAGAGCUCCAGAUCAGAAACCAGUCGUAAAACCUCUUGAGGACAUUUCACCAUCCUCUAUGGAUCUUCCGGUGAAAAUCAUCGCAGGCAGCAAAGAACCAGUUGUGCGUGAUGAGGAUGAUUACCAGAACUAUCGUAAGGCUGCAAAGCAGCACUGGGUUAUGAUGAAUCAGUACUAUGAGAAGGCUGUUGAUGGUUUUAGGGAGGGUAACAAGAAAGAAGCCGAGUAUCUUCUUACGGAAGGAAAGAACUAUUAUAGGAUGGCUCAGUUAUCUGAUGAAAAAUCUGCUGGUGAGGUCACCAAGUGCAAACAAGAGUCCAAACAUGAGUUAUGUCUUGAUCUUCGCUCACAAGAUGCAGCAAACGUAGCAAAUCUUCUGAGACUUCAUCUUAGGCAGUUGGCUGACAACCCAUCUUUUGAGAAUUUGAGAGUUAUUAUUGGUGUUGAUGAUGGUACUCUCCCGAUGCAGCAAAGAAGAAGGAAGGUCAAGCAGGUUUUGAGGAAGAGCUCAGUUAGACUUAGUUGGGCUGAAGACGGGUACAAUCGUGGGAACAUCCUCAUUGGCAUCCAGCAGAAAGACCAGGGAGUAUAGUUGCUUAACUGUUUUUACAACAAGCAAAUGCCUCGUUAGCACUGUGCUGCACGUUACAGAGUAGUUUGCGACGCGGAUCAUGUUUUUCAUGCGACUGAAAGGCACGUUGUGCUUGUGUGACGAGGGGCGAAACCGCUGCUGGAACCAACCUGCGUGUCUUUGGCGUCCGGGUUGGUUGGUGACAGCCACAGCUGCACGCUCUAAUCCGAAGGUCUCUUU